UCUCCUUCCACACUUCCAUUCUUCUUCCCUAUUUCUGUUGGUGGAAUGCUCAUCCUAGCUAGAAACUUUAGCCAUAUGAUGGUGUGAUAAAUUCUUUGUUCACAUCUCAUUUCCUUCCCUUGCAUUCCACUUUCAGGGUCAUCAUCUUAGUUUGGACCUCUAUCACCAGCUGUCAAAACUAUUGGAUUGCAAUAGCCUCCCAAUUUGUUUUGCCUGACUGUACUUAUUUCGGUCAGUGGCGUGGACUUGUGCUGACAAGAUAAAAUGUAAUUUAGAAAAGUAACCUCAUUUAUUUCCCUGUCCUCUUCACAGGGCUCCUGAAUUCCAAAUACACAGCCUUGGUCGUGGCAGAGGCUUUCUCAUAAUCCCAUAAUAAAAAAAUAAAUUUUCCCAUAAUUCCUUGGAUGCUGCCACCAGUCUCAAAUGCACUCCAUCUUUCUGCCUCCGAGGCUCAACUAAGGGCUCUAUUUCUCCUAGCCGAGGUCUUCCCCAUCAAUUUCCUAGAACACUUUGGAUUUCUCUCCCUUUUCCCGGUCACUUGGCUACACCCUACAUGGUACUUAUCUGUGAACUCGUCCAGGGAUGUCCCUUGUCUUAAUUUCCACCUCCCGAAGUCUGUCCACUUGGAGCUCUGCAGUAGGUCUACAGCACUCCUGGGGUUUUUUCAAUGGCAUCAGGAAACAUGUCCAGAAGAUGAACCUGCUGGCUGGGUUUGCUUGGAAGAAUGCUGCCAUCAUCUUGUCCCUAGGAAACAUGAUCAUGGGGUUGUUUUCCAUCUUUUGCAGUUUCAACAGAAAACCCAACUCUGCCUGUUGGCUCCUCCUCAUCAGCUUUUUAUUCAGUCUAGCAAGUGGACCUGUGGCCAGACAACUGGGCAUCUACUCUAAUUUCGGGACCAAGAUAAAUGACUUUGCCGAAUACACCUCCUUUGGCUUUGCCACUGCCCUGCUUCUGAUGUUGGAUGGGACCCUCAGUGGAAUUCUUGCCAUCUUUUAUGUGCUGGCUGUCUUCUACCGAUUGUGUUGGUAUUCAUUUGAGAUUCCCUUCGCGUAUCAGGGACUACCCUGUUCAUAUGCCUCCUCCUUGCUGGUCUCCACCUUCCUCCUGACCAAUGGUAACAAGCUCAUUCUUUUUGGUCUGGCUGUCUUGAUGAUGAGCUUUAUGGUAGAUAAACGCUUCUACCCCAACGACAAAACCCUGGAGUCCCAGUUUUGGAAGAAGGUGGUUUUUACCCUGGGUGCUAUGAUGCUCUGGCAUUCAUUGUAUAUGACUCCUUUAUACUUCUUGAUUUGGUCCAGCUCCUACAUCUUCUUCCCAGGUAUAUGGGGCAAGAAGGUAAUUUGGCCCCCAGCACCAGAACCAGCUAACCCACCAGAAAGUGCUUCUGCUUUCACUGAAUGA